AUGUGUGAAAAUGUUCCCGAACCGCCGACAGCUGAUUCACAGCCGAAACAUGAAGAUUGGCUUGGCUUCGAAGCCUUUGCCAAGAGAGCCACUCGCUUGGCAUUGAACGACGCUUGCUCAAAGUGGUUGAACAUCGAGAACCUGAAUACAAGCUGGGUACAUGGCCUCGGCCACGAGCACCACGGUCCAGAACCCAGUGAGACUUGCGCUCGACACCCCGAUUGCAAGCACGACUCUACGCAAGCACGCAAGUUCCACAAGAGCUGUGUCUUGUCAUCCUUUCUAUCCGAAGAACAGGUGAGGGAGUUGUGUCAAUGUGCCGGUGGCGAUGCCGAGUCUGACCAAUCAAAAGAACUGUAUCCUUUCGACCAGAAUGACCGCGCCCGUCAUUACCCGCUGUGUCCUUUGAUCAGGCUCAAGUCACAAUAUUCUUCCUCGAAGCUGGCUGAAGUCUGCCGUCUUGGCAUGUUAGAGGACAGCACAAAGGGUGACGUUCGCAGUCAUCUAAUCACCGCUGCCACCAAGACUACAGCCAAGAUUACAAGGAUUCACGAGGAUCUCCCGUACGGGAACGCCCAUAUGAACCGCAACGUAUUCGGCAGCUUCAUGGUCUAUCCCCGACACUGCAAGGAGAAGAAACAUGACGGUCAGGCAUCUCAAGUUCAAUACUUGAUGAGCUUGGUAAGCCGGAUCGGUUGUCACGAUGGAUUCUCUACGCGGGUAGUUCCCCCUUCAAAAGCAACAUCCGCGAACGGCCACAAUGAGGAAUUUCUCCUUCGAUUCCGCAGAUUCGCCCACCACAACAAUACGGACAUCGUUGACAGCUUGGUAGAGUACUGGACCGAUUGGGGAGGCUUUCGGGCACCGAUAUUUCGACACCAAGGCCUCUUUCCAUGGGACUGUACCGAAGCGCGCACUCUCAAGGAGGAGGCCGAUCACCCGCAAGCGAAGUGUGGGGAUUGUUCCUUGGCUAAGCAUCUUUGGGCCGUUCCGGUUGAUGCAUGGUUAGUAGAACAGCUUCACCUUCUCAGGGGACGUCGUUUCUAUGCUCCAUCGCCAGUCACUGGGGAAGGCAAUCAAAAUCAGAUGAUCGACCAUGACUGGGAGGAGAAUAGACACCGCGUGCUUGAAGCGUUUCGGGUUCUUGGCAGCAUGGCGGUUGCGAUGCAUCGAUCACAGGUUUUCCGUGACAGGUGUCGAUGGAAUUUCAAAGCUCGCGGGCUGCCUUUCGAAAACACCUCUACAGACCGAACCAUAUUCCACAAGGGUCGCGUGACUACUUUACGACAGCAAAUUGAAAAGAGAGCAGGCAGGCUUGUCGUCCAGCCGCAUGGCCCUCUCAUCAUCCACGAUCGCAUAAAGCUUGCAGGCAUCCACCGGGCCCAGCCCAUGAGUUACCUCUACGAGCAUGACAUGUACCACGACUGCACUCUGGCUGACUGGGCUGACCUGAAUCACGAUGGGCAAGUGGCGGCUUACACGGCGCUACGUGACUUUCGAUCAGAGCACGUAGACGAGAUCAUCGAGGACGCAAAGCGAAGGGCGGAAUCUAAAACGCCGCAUCCUCAUGGUCCAUAUCGAGGCCCCGGCAUCGAUAUGAACGCCACCUCUAGCAUGGGAACCGGGGACUGGCUACCUGAAGACUUGGUUCCGGAACAAUGUGACGGAUCCUACGCAGAAGUCGACUUUGAAGCGAAUGAAGAUACAGGUCAUGCUCAAAAUACCAAGCGACCCUUUGAAUCAUCAACAACCUUGGACAGAGCCGAGGAAGAGGAGGUUAUCGUCAAAGCAUGGAUAGAAACCGUGCGGCGCGGCUCUAGCCCAUAG